UGAUGCAAUUGACUUGUAUGUUUUGAGUGCAAAACGCGCGCGCUUCUCUUUAUUCGUCGUCGACGAUACGAGACGAGCAGAUACAACACAUAUGUAUGUGUAUAAAUGUUUAUCAGUCGCAACGAAACGGACAAACAGAAUUCGUAGUGGAGAGAAGAGUUUUAUCGGAAGGCCCAGAGGUCAGUUGGUUGGCAAGUCUUUGGUCUCAUCGUCGCUACAGCAGCAGCAGCAGCUGAUUCCCAGGAAACGCACGUGUUGUUUGUGUUGUCCUAGCAACCCAUCAACAACAACCAUUAAGAUGAGGAUGGUGGAUAUCAACACGACGUUGUCCAUGACGAUCCUCGUCGCUACAUUGGGCACCGUCCAUAACCAAUCGGCAACGCCGAGAUUCGCGACUCCGUGUACCACUCCCAACGGCGAAAUCGCCCUGUGUUUGGAACUCUUUCAGUGUCCGCUCUUCGGUGGAAAAGCGGUGACUCCCGGACAUCCCUUAUACCGUUUCUACUCGAGUUCCUUCUGCGGACCAUCCAGCGCCAAGUAUCCGCGCGUCUGCUGCGGAAAAUACGAACAUUUUCUCAACGAAACAAAUCAAUUGAUACCAGAUGAAGUAGACGAUUUCAUCGAUCCUUUACCGGAGAAAUGCGGCAAACACAAGGUGAACAUUCUGGCGAGUCGAAUAUUCGGAGGCAACGAAGCGACACUCGGCGAAUUUCCAUGGAUGGUGCGAUUACGACAUCGCUCAAGAACGGGAAGCACGUAUUACGGAUGCAGCGGAUUCCUCAUCCACAAGAAGUUCGUGCUGACAGCAGCCCACUGCGUCGCUAACAAAGAUUUGAUCGCGACGAUAGGACCGGUUUAUCAAAUAAUUUUCGGUGAACACGACUCGAGCACGGACGUGGAUUGUGAUCGAGGUUUAUGCGCGGAUCGAACCAUCAGGAUCUUAGCAGGCUCACCUGUGGUUUACUCAGGAUACAACAACGAUUACAACAAUCAUAAUAACGAUUUAGCCUUGAUCCCUCUCAAGGAGCAAAUCAAUUUUUCAGAUUAUAUUCAGCCGUUGUGCAUAACGAAGCAAUCACAAACUGAAGAGUUGUUGUGGGUUUCUGGUUGGGGUAAGACUGAGACGCAGGCGGAAAGUUCGGUGAAGCUCAAGGUGGAGUUACCCAGGUACCCGUUCAAGCCUUGCUACGAGAAGUACAACACGAUCAACGUUCUUCUGAAGGAGAAGAAUCACAUCUGCGCUGGUGGUGAAUCUGGGAAGGAUUCCUGUUCCGGAGAUUCCGGUGGACCUCUGAUGGUUUACGUGAAUAAUCGGUGGUAUGCUGAGGGUAUAGUGAGCUUUGGAACUGGAUGCGGGAAGGGCGGAUGGCCUGGGGUUUACACGAAUCUUCCCACGUAUUUACCUUGGAUCCAGAAGACCAUUCAGAGGAAGCUGAACAAGCAGAAGAACAGGAAACGAGAGUUGAACUAUUAUUAGGAAUUAGAUUUUAGGAAUUUUAUCUAUUAGUAUUUAAAGCCAAUUAAAAUUAUACCAAAGUCCAA